AUGGCUACCAUCCGCCUAGAUGUCAACCUCUUCAACGCCAAAGAUGACUCGGUCAAGAGGACGAACUGUGUUCCUUUGAAAGAGUUUGACAUUAGUAGCAAGAAGCUUUCUGACGUGCGAUCGGUGCUUAUUGAGAACGGUGGCUUGGAUGCCAGCAAGGUCGGAUGUUCGUUCUGCUCACCGACGGGGGCUCUGGUCAACGAUGCUUCGUCCUUCUCGGAUUAUGUGGAUAUUCUAUCUGAGGGAGGAGAGGAGAAGGAGGGCGGUGAUAAGAAAACGAAGAAUAUCUACAAUGUCUACGUCUACCUGAAGAGCAAAAAGACUACCACUGGCUUAAGUGAUGAAGCCAAGGAGACUAUUAAGAAAGAGCUCAAUCUCAAACUCAGCGAUAAACCGGAAUUGCUCAAAACCUCACUGGACCAGCUCACCAGUUCCUUCAACAAAGCCGACUGGCUAGCGGAGGCUAGCGAAGGUGCUACCAACCCUGCCGAUAUGUCGGAGAAAGAAUGGAACGUUGUCAUCCGCAACAAUAGCCUCACCAGCGCUUCUCGAUUAGUGUUUUCCAAUCUGGGCCGAGCAUCGGAUGGAACCAAAAAGCUCAAAUUCCGUCGAAUUGAACGUGCACCAUACAGUGCCUUUGUGUUGAAGCCGAGAAAGUUCCAGCCGCAUGAAAUUUCGGAUUCAGAGGUCAAGGUCGAGCAACGAUUCCAUAUUCCCCGGUUUGUUGUGGCAGAUGAUUCGUACGUGGAUACGUUUGAGACUAAAUCGUCCGUGGCAACGGCCAUGGCUCGCAGCUCCUUUUCCUCCAUCGAGGCUGAAGCUUCUAUUGAAGGAGGGGCGUUUGGAUUCAGUGCCGCUGUCAGUGCCGGUUUCUCCUCGAGUGAAAGCAGUGCCUUGAGCAAACAGAGUACCGCAGAAAGCAGCGUGAUGAACAUCACCUACAAUUUCCCUCGGGUGGUGUUGCAUUUGGAUGAGUACAGUCUGGCACUAUCGGAUGAAUGUAGCGAGGAUCUCAUGAGGGUCAAGGAUGUUAAUUCUCUGAUUGCCUUUCACCAUAAAUACGGCCACUUUUUCGCCACCCGCGUCGAACUCGGUGGGAGACUGUUUUCAUCGGAAAAGUUCAGCACGUUGGGUACAAGUAGCGAAAGUGAAGCUACAAAGCAGAUGAAGAUCUCAGCUAGUGCCUCAUUCUCAUCCAAGUUUGUGUCUGGUAGUGUCAGUUACAGUCAGGAGAAUGGACAGUCGGCACAGGACAGCGAUUCCAGGCGGGGUAUGCAGAGUUCUAUCUCAUGGCAAGCCCAGGGUGGUGAUACCCUUCUUUGCAACAAGCAAGUCACCCUUUUCCCUCCUGCCUGGUGUCCUACGGUCGCCCCGUUCCAAAACUGGCGUGUCAUCAAGCAAGAAGACGUGAUCCCUCUGGGCGAUUUCAUCGGCCGGAUACCAGGCUACGAAGAUAUUCCAGACAAGUUCAACAAACUAGCUGAAAUCACUAGAAGGAAGGAAACGGUCAGCUUCCGGCUUGGCCUUGAUACAUGGCAACGCGCAGACGAGAAGAAGCCAGAGUAUUUAUCACUCCAUCACGCGUGGAGAAUUCGCCAGGAAGUCACUCAAUUGUACGCUAAAGAACUUGCGAAGGACCCCGUGGCGACCAUGAAAGCUUUACAAGGAAACUUCUGGGCCAUGUAUCAAAUUCCCUCCUCGAUCCAGGGGUUGUACGAUGCUGGUCAUCCUGGAUUGGCAUUUGAAGACAACAAUAGCGAAAAUGUGUUUGACGUUGAAGUCGAAACCCUGUUGAACCAAGCUCCAGCCCUACAAUAUGCAAAACGAUACCAUCUCUUCAACCGCAAAAGGGGCCUGUGGCUACGCUCCAUUAUACUCAACGAAAACGGGAAAGAGAUAACACUGUUGGCUGCUGGACCCAAGCACGAGGCAACACUAUUCGAGUUUCGUGACAGGGACCGAGAGGGACCCAUGCGCAAUGGGGACAAUUGCACUCUGUUGGCGUACGGACCAGAUGGCAAGCAAAAGGGUAUUAUUGCGUUGUCAUUGCGCGGUGAAAAAGCAGGUGAGGGUGUGGACGAUGCGAAGUCGAUUGGAGCAUUGCCAUACAGUGUUCCGAAUGAAGGUCGCAUUCGUUUCACGGUGCUUGAAAUGCCACGAUACAACGUUCCAAUUCACUCCCGCACAAUGAAGUUCACUGCCAUCUCCCUCCUUUUGGCCGCCAGCACCGCACUAGCCAGCCCCGCCAACAUCCGAAGCGAAUCCCUAAAAAUCUCCAGCUUGACAGCAAACUCCUCCAAGCUCGGCGAUUCUAACAUCCAAUUUACUCUCACCGACCCAAAUUACCCUGAUGACACCCCAACUGACUGCACUGUUAUGUGGUCCACCAACUCAAACCCCCCCUCGAAUUCCCGUUGCAACGGAAACAACUACUAUAUCCGGCUGUUGGGUGGAGUCGAGAAAUUCGACAAAUUCACAAUCGAGCUUGAGCGGGUUUCUGGCCCGAUCAAGGAGAUAGGUCAGGCGUCGUUCAGCGAGACUGCCCCUGGCAGCAAGUGGGAGUGCAAGGAAAACCCCCAGGAAGGUGUUCUUAAGCGCUGCUACUACAAUGGUGUUAUGGAGGUUAAGGUCUGA